GAAUAGAGAAGAAAACUCGCAUCCGUGAUGCGUAUAUCGCGUGCGCGCGUAUGAUAUGUAAUGUAAGCAAUUCAUUUUCUUUCUCUUACAAUUUUUCAAGCAGGACGCAAGCGCAUUGGCGACUACGUGAUGCUUCAUACUGCUUUAGUAUCACUCCUCUUGUCUUCUUCCUGUUAUGCUUUCCGUUGCUGCGAACGCUCGGGGGUUCCUCGACUUCCAUAUUGAAGAUCAAAAAAACCAUCCAAAUUUUAAUCGAAAUCGUAUCUUCGAAGUGAAGCGUCGACGAGCAUCUCGCCACAUCUCGCUGAAGCGAGCCCGCGUAGCUUCCUCGGUACGAUCAGUGAGCGGCGGCGCGCGUGAUGUAUUCGCCAUCUUAAGUUUAUUGUGCGUCGAGCGCACGCAUAUUGCAGGCGCGCAGAGAAGGGGACCCUCCUGUCAAUCGGUGGAACCCCCGUUGUCGCCUUGUCGCGGCUGCGUUCGCGCGGUUUCGUUUGUGACUUCGUAGGACUUGAAUAACCAUCCUGGCAGGUUAAUCGCGCGCGAUCUGAUCUUCGAUAAGGUGUAGUCACCGCGUGCUUGACGACAGGCGUGGGUAGCCGUAUUCCAACGUCGAUCUCGGUUGGAUCGAAAUUGGCUGAUCUGCGCUGAUCUCUUCGGAUCAGAUUGAUCGUGACGACGACGACGAUAACGAUCGUCACAACGCGAAAAUUACGUCACUUGGACCUUCAAUUUGGGCCAGGAGAAGACAAGUGAUUCCCAGGUGAAAAGUGUGCUGGUCUUCGGAGAUCAUGUUCUAAAAAUGGCCUUCGCGUUCGCGCGCGACCUGAUGGCUACGUGACAAUUGUCGCGCGAGGUAUUGCGUCGCGUUGUAGGACUUCGCCCUCCCUCUUCGGGAUUUGAACCUUCGUCCCUAGUGCAGUGAAGGUUUAAAGUUUCUCAAGUGAGCGGAAAGAAGAAAAAAAAUAGACGCGAGUGACUCCUGACUGUGCCGUCGCGUAAGAGGUGUAACUCUGAGAUGCGGAAUCUCCUGGAUGAUGUAUUACGAACAAGUUUCGAAUUUUGCACGAACUCACGGAUAGCGGGAUCGCUGGGAACAGGGUCCUUCCAAUGGCGGAUUUAUUUUAAAUGAGGAACAAAACCGACGAUUUUAGAAGCAUGAAACUCUCGACUAUGCAAGAGAAUGAUAGAAAUGAGAUAAGUAAGUUUGGAAAUCCAGUUCCUAAUGAUACAAUCAUGAUGGACAGUGCUACCAGUGACAAGUAUGGAGAAGAUAACGGAACAGAUAAUUUAGAGAGAGAUGAGGAUUCUAUGGUGUCUAAUCUUCCUCUUUUGUUUGCUGAUGGUUAUCCUACGUCUCUGGAGAAAAUCACUAUGGCGCAACUAGAACGUUUUAUAUUGUUCAUGGUCCAUUGUUCACUGGGGCAUGAUACCACUAAGGUCAUUAACAAACCUGAGUGGUGGCCUCAAGAUGUUAAAUUCUCAAGUCCACUAACGAGACCCAAGAAGAUUAACGACAACUGGAUGGCGAAUCUAAAGAAAUUGGUUUUUCGAUGUUACACGUAUCACAGAAGCGAAUAUCUGUUACGUUUUUGUUCGUAUCUAGCGCAGUACCCACAUGAAGAUUUAGAGUACGUUAAUAAUUGGGACACGACAACUAGUCUGUAUCACAAAAGUACGGGAAAACUACUAGUAACAUUUCGUAAUGAAAACAUGCAUUAUGACAGAAAGAAUGAUAGCCCCCGAAGAACAUUACUAUCUCACAAUGCAUCUUCAUCGGGUAGCGGAAACAAAACAAAACAACAAGCCCCCAUGAUGGUCCAACCAUGUGAUGAUAUUUAUCUUUGUGACAAUUGUGAUGCUGAAUUUGUGGGUCUCGCAAAAAUGAAGGAACAUGAAAAAAUAUGUUGUGAAUUGGAUCACGGUGGUGGUAGUGCUUCGCGCUCGUCUACGCCGGAUCUGUCCGUAGGCAAGCCUGAGCUGCAACAAGACCAAUUUCUGGAGUAUUUCCAGUUACGAUCGAGUAAGACUGAAUCCAAAUUGGCUGACGUAGAAAACGCGAGUGCCUCUGACAAUAGCAUUGUCAGACGAACGUCCGGACGUGUUAGAAGUUCUCUUAACUUCACGAGAUUCGCUAUUAUUCCGUUCUCGUCGCCCGCUGGCAUAAUGCUAACGAAGAAAUCGAAGGCUAUGACCGAGGAAACGCAGCAAGAGCGAUUAGACAGAAUAGAGAGGCAUGUCAUCGCGCCAAUAUUGAGCAAUUCGUGUAGACCAAAAUGGCUGGACACAGAAGUAGAUCACGAUAGAUGGAUAGUGACAUAUAAACCAAAUCGGGAUAGACCGACUGACCAUUACAUGCAUCAAUAUAAAUUUGUGAAUUCUGUUAAAAGCAAACCAAUGCUGAGCAUACGAUCACAAUUACUCUACGCUACGUGUCGACCUAUUUACGUUGUUCUUACUCGACUGAACGAAAAGCAAAUUGAUGAAUUGAAGAAGGACCCUUCCAAAUAUCAAUGUCCUCAGAAGAGUAUCAAUGUGCGGAAAGUUUUAUUAACUAGAAAAGCAGGACCGGCUUGCAAAACAAGAUCGAGAAAAACAGUUCAUGUGCGAAAUACAUCUAUAUCUUCAAAACGAAAAGCACCGCUAGAGGAUGAUCGAAUUGUUAACGAAGUAGAUGACGAUGAUGAAGAGGAAGAAAAAGAGGAAGUCAAUAUUAGUUCAUUACAAAAAGAAACUUUAUUCAAGACUGUAAAAUCGCUUGUGGCCAAUGGCGACACUACUAAAUCAGCUAAAGAGAAAAAGUGUCCAUCGCAUACAAUAAUGGUAAUCGAUCUCUGUUCGUCCGAUGAAGAAGAAAACAAUUUAAAUACUCGGACAUCCUGCGACGAAAACAGAGAUCCCAUGAAUACCCCGGAAUCUUCGAUUGCAAAAUCCUUUUUGCGAAAACUGUCACCAAAACAAACUUUACGCGAAACCCUGCAUUUACCCCGCACACUCAUUGAUAGACUGGUUAUUGAAUAA